GCCCUGAAGCGCCUCGCGAAGGCGUUCUACGUCGACGAGGCCAAGUGGCUCCAGGUCCUCGACGAGCGGGCCAUCCUCUACGAGCUGCGCCACCCCUUCGUCGUCGGCCAGCACGGCUCCUUCCAGGACGCGGCCCACCUCUACCUCGUCCUCGACUUCGUCGCGGGCGCGCGGCCCGCGCCGGACGGGAUCGAGCUCCGGCGCGGCGAGCUCUUCGGCUACCUCAAGGUCGUGGACCGCGUCCCCGAGGCCGCGGGCCGCUUCUACGCCGCCCAGUGCGUGCUGCUCUUCGCCUACCUCCACGACCGGGACGUCGUCUACCGCGACCUCAAGCCCGAGAAUUUGCUCCUCGACGACCGCGGCUACCUCAAGCUCAUCGACUUCUCCUUCGGCAAGCGCGUCGAGCGCGGGUCCAAGACCUACACGCUCUGCGGCACGCCCGAGCGCGGACCGCCGGCGCCGAAGCGACGGUUUUCGCGCGCGAGGUUUUGUCGUAGGUACCUCGCGCCCGAGGUCCUCCAGUCCACGGGCCACGGCCGCGGCGUCGACUGGUGGACGCUGGGCUGCCUCGUCUACGAGAUGCUCGUGGGGCAGCCGCCCUUCGAGAACGCGAACGGCGACGCGCUCGCGCUCUACACGCGGAUCCUCGACGACGACUGGGCCAUCCCGUUCCCGAAGGACGUGAGCCGCGCGGCCAAGUCGCUCGUCCGGCGCCUCUGCGAGCGCGAGAUCACGAAGCGCAUCGGCUGCGGCCGCCUCGGGAGCUACUCCGUGAAGAAGCACCGCUUCUUCUGGGCGCUGUCCUGGCGCGGCCUCCUCGACAAGCUCCCCGCGGCGCCCUACGUGCCCCGGCUCGCCGACGCCGACGACCUGUCCCACUUCUCCGGCGCGUGCAAGGACCCGCCCGCGGCGCCCGGCAAGGCCGCGUCCUGGCCCGAGGACCGCUUCGACGCCUGGGGCUAG